AUGGCUAAUCUACUUGUCUGGCCAUCCAAAUACUUCUUCUACGCCAUAGGAAAUACGAGCGCGGUAUCUUUGACUGCAGAUCUUACCCUGGAAGAGCCUGCCCGUAUCUUACUUUUGGGUUGUGGUGACCCACGCAACGUUCUGCAUACAAUUUUCACCGAGCCUCGAAACUCUGGCCGCGCUCUGGACUUCACUUGCUGUGAUUUCGAUCCAGCCGUGUUAGCCCGGAAUGUGCUGUUAUUGACCAUGAUUGCUGAUCGCCGACCGUACGCCACGAUUUGGAACAUAUUCUUCCAUUUUCGCUUGGACAAAGAUUCACAUACCGCCCUCAUCGAUCAAUGCAAGAAGCUAAUUGAACACUCAGAGACCGCCCAGAAAUGGAAAGUCUCCCCAUACGCGUCAUAUAUCAAGAUGUCUACCGACUACACGCUCAAAGAACUCAGACGUCAUUGGACACUAUAUGUUGGCAUGGAAGAGUUACCGAAUUCGCGACUCGCACCCAUACGCGAUGCGUUUGACCGACUAUCCAAAAAGAACUCAAAGGAAGGCACAAACACGGCUACUCGUUCCCUGGGACCUCUUCAACUCCGCGGGUUCACGAUCAUUCCGGAACACUUCAGAAACUAUUGGAAGACAGGUGUAACCUUUGUCGACGGAAAGAGAAUUGCCGCUGCGACAUUACUGAACCCGACCUUCGUCUAUUCUUUGGGCGGAGAAGGUUGCUCGGUCCACUAUGGAACCGAUCCCUUGAAUCUCUUCCAUCUUGCUGCUUUAUUCGGCAACGCGAAAUCUGCAGUAUCUAUGGCGGAAGUCGUGAAGGCGGCAAAUAAAGAGUUUGCGGGUUGGUGUUCCUCUUAUCUCGACUCAUUAUCCUCCAGUUCUCCGCCCAUCAUCCGCUUUUUCGUCGGCGAAGCUACCGCCGUUUGCCGUGCGCUUCGCGCGUUUGGUGACGUGGGCAUACUCAACUCGGGCGUCCCCGUGGCACAGUGGAAGACGCAGUUAAUACAGCUCAGCGGAGAUGAGUACUAUACAUCUGCUUCCGGUGGAGCUCCCGUGAACUUCAAUGUCAUCCACACAUCUAACCUGGAGGAUCACAUCGGAUUGCUGAACGUCCUCGUUACAUCUUUACCCCUCCUCUCGCGUGAACCAUCCAGUGUUCUAUAUACCGAAUCACUUCUUUUCCUUGGGCAGGACUCCGCGACGAAGGAAUUCACAGAGCAUCUCCACGCUGACCUCUCUGUCAUUGGUCUUCUCAUCGGUUUAUCUCCAGUUGAUUUUCUCUGUGGAUUUUCCAGUCGAUCCAACACGCAUGAGCUGAUUAUGCACAGGCAGUCGAAACAAGAAACAAAUAUAUCGCAGUUUCAACAGGUUACAACUUGGAAAGCACCCACUUCCGGAGAUACAAUUGCCUCCCAGGCGGCCUAUAUCUCGUCUCCUGUGUUUGAUGAACAUCAGCUGGGGACCUUGCUUUAUGACAUCUACCAGUCCCUCUUCGAGCAAGAGACCUCAAAGACGUUCUGGGCUGCCAACCAGAAGAACGUGUACAAAGCAGUUGGAGUCUCGAACCUUGCGCAUUACAGUCGAGAAUCCUUCGUCCUCUUGUUGCAGCUCAUCCGCCGUAGGCUUCAGCCCUCUGAGGAUUCAUGGACUCGUGUUAUGGACCGGUUCAUGUCGCUCCAACUCGCCGCUUGGUCGAUCGAGUCAAUGGACACGCUGCACUACCAAGAUUUUUGUGGGCAGUUACAUCGGCACGGUGUGUAUAAGGCCCCGUUCUUCCAUAUGCCUACUCCGAAGAUCGGACGGUUUUCACUUUGGGACACAGUCCCUGGCCUUGUGCGCAUUGUUCUCGUCGUCCCCCGCGAGAAACUUUCUGUGCUAAAAAACUCGAAGCCCGAGGAAAUUGGCUCUCCACCGCUGCAGUGCGACAUUUUUGGUAUGCGGAACCAUAACAUAUUCACUGCCGUACACGUUGCAUUUGGACGAGCGAUUCCCAUGGGAACGAAAUCUCGUCCACAUGUUAUCUUUGAAGAGGAUACGAGUGGUUGGGCAGGAAGCUCAUCGCUUGUUGCAUCGUUCGUUGCACCUUCUUGGCUUCUUUGUGCAGAGCCCCCAGAGCAGCUCAGCAUCGGCUUCGGCGUUCGCAAUACGCCUCUUGCAUGUAAAACCCUCAUCAAGACGCUGGGUCUCACUCUCCGUGUAUUUAGCGCCAAAUUGAUGGACAAGACCCUUGUUCACGUCCUCCCCGAACACCCCUUGCCCUCGAGAUAUCCCUCCGAAUCAUUAGGCCGUACAGAGCCAGGUGUAUUGUCUCAGAUCGGCGAAUCUGGGACUGCGUCUGUCGAGUUGGAUGAACAGUGCGAAUUGAUCACGUCUUUGACCGCACGGGUGUCUAUUACCAACGAGGACUCUGCGCGGCUGUUCAGUGAAGCCGGCGGCAAAGUCGUUCCGCAAAUCACGCAGCUCUCGCCAUGUAUCAUCAGAGUUGCACUGGGUGACCGAACCCAGGAUAUAGUGUAUCCUUUCCCCGUCGCAGGCAGUGCGCAUCGGCUGCGCCUCGCUCGGAAGUCACGAUAUAUUGAGGUCGUUGUACCGACCUCCAGAUCACUCAUGCCGGAUGGAAUGAAGCUGAAUCCGUUUCCCGUCAUCAACUCGAAAGGACUGCUCCAUACAUGGAGCAUCCAUCGGGUUAAUCUGUCCGCCUUGCCUAUCCUUGACGUCAAGGCGAGAAACGUCAAGGAGUGGCUCGACCCCCACGUCGCCUCCAUCAUGUCCGCUCGCGAACUAUCACUCAGGAAGAAACACCAGACCGACACGCUCAUGUUCGUCAAAAACACCCUCCAGUCCAUUUUCGUUGGCGCCUCAGGAAUCCAAGGUGGAACUGUGCAUCGUCUAUUUGCUCUCCGCGAUAAGAAGACAAAUAAUUGCGAUACCUGCAUCUUUAUUGAUGAAAUUCGUUACGACUUGGCGGCUCAUACACUCAUCUGCGACGGGUAUGUCCUCCCUCUGACGGUGAGGAUAAUAAAGGAGAAUGAGAAGCCUUUCGCGAGCCUGGUUCACCAAGGGAAAAUGAUCCACAUUAAUGUGCUCGAAGGCGAGAUGCAGGCAUGGAAGCAGCUCUUGCCCGCCUUUGUGGAGAGGUGCCGGUCUUCCUGGACGCAUGGGGCGAAUUGCGAAUAUAUCGCUCAAGGCCGCAUCCCGCUCACAGAGGAUAUGGAAGCAGAUCCCCUGUGUAGUUGCGGAAGAGGGAAGGACGUCGAAGGGAUGCAUAAAGUAGGACUAUGGAAGACAUUCGCACCAUACGUCACCCGGGUUGCGCUUUCGCCCUUGUUCGCAGUGUCUUAUCUUGAGACUGUGGGUCGGGAUCCGGACGCUCGCAAGUGUCGGGUAUGCAGAGGGAAAGGGAAACCGAAGAUCAAAGAAUGCUCGGUGUGCCAGAAGGUACGAUAUUGUUCCCCAGAGUGUCAGAAGAAGGACUGGAAGGCACAUAAGCCGAAGUGCAAGCCUUGA